AUGUUCACCCACAAGUGUGUCAGACAGCAUUCGCUCCUUUUCUCUCUCUACCGUUCUGGCACGCGCCGGCAGUCUACCGCGGCAGAGCCUCUCCCAGCCGGUGGCCAUCUACCCUCAAUAGCGACCUCUUCCUUCCUGCGGUCAGGUCGCGAUUCUGCUAUUCGUACUCCAGGAAUACAAUGGGCGGAUGAAGACGCGUCCGGUCCGACGAGGGACAUCGUCGCAGGUCGGGAGACGCGGAAGAUGAACCUGUAUCAGGCAGUGCGAGACGGUUUGAGUGUCGCCUUGAUGAAAGAUGACACUGCUGUCGUUUUCGGGGAAGAUGUAGCAUUCGGUGGAGUCUUCCGAUGCACGAUGGGCCUCGCCGAAGAAUUUGGCAGAGAGCGGGUAUUUAAUACACCAUUAACGGAGCAAGGAAUAGCAGGGUUUGGAAUAGGUCUUGCAGCAAUGGGUCACACGGCAAUCGCUGAGAUUCAGUUCGCAGACUACAUUUUCCCGGCUUUCGACCAGAUUGUGAAUGAGGCCGCCAAGUUCCGAUUCCGAUCCAACGGUCAGUUCCAAGCCGGAGGUCUGACCAUCAGAUGUCCAUCCAUGGCGGUCGGUCAUGGCGGUCACUACCACUCUCAGAGUCCGGAAGGGUUCUUCAUGGGCGCCGCGGGUAUAAAGGUCGUAAUUCCUCGCUCUCCUAUUCAAGCAAAGGGUCUCCUGUUAGGAUCGAUCCGAGACCCAAACCCGGUGAUAUUCAUGGAGCCUAAAAUCCUGUACCGUUCGACAGUGGAACAAGUUCCCAUAGACGACUAUCAGCUACCAAUUGGCCGAGCAGAAACCCUCGUUUCGGGAUCCGAUCUGACAUUGCUGUCUUGGGGAACACCGCUCUAUCAUUGCGAGACAGCGCUCCACAUGCUGGCGACUCCUCCGGAGUCUCUCACCCCCUUCGUUCCUGCCUCUCUUCGCUCAACCAAGGUGGAACUGAUUGACCUGAGGACGAUCUUGCCUUGGGACGUCGAGACAAUUACGGAAAGCGUAAAGCGCACCGGCAGACUCGUGAUUGUUCACGAGGCCGGACGCACCGGUGGCGUAGGUACAGAGAUCAGCUCCGAGAUCCAGAAGAGAUGUUUCCUGAAGUUGAACGCUCCAGUGAAACUGGUCACUGGUUGGGACACACCCGUUCCAAUGCAAUACGAGAAGUUCUAUAUGCCGGAUUCGAUACGCAUCUUGGAUGCUAUCGUCGAGACGUUGACUUACUGA